AUGCCGCCCCUCUCUUCGGCUCAGCAAAAGGCCAUGGUGACACAGUUUGUCUCGCUGACGGGAACGACGGAGCGGCAUGCCACCAGAUAUCUCAGGUCAACGGGAUUCAAGCUCAACGAAGCCGUCGAUGUUUAUUUUGCUGCCGGCAGUGAACAGCAAGGACCCUCGGCAGUGGAGACAAAGCUCGAUGGUCUCUUCAGCUCAUUAAGAGAUGACCAGAAUGACGACAAGGAUAGGCUGGAACUCGAAUCCACCAUGGCGUAUCUCGACGGGAAACUAAAGGUGAACCUGGAGAAUGCGGAGCUCUUUAUCGCCUUGGAGUUGGUCCAAGCCCCAAGCGUGGGCGAGAUUACUCGGAAAGGAUACGUUGAUGGAUGGAAGGCCGUCGGAGCCGGCGCAACACAUCAAGAACAUGCUACCCAUAUCCAACGGCUCACAUCGACCCUCUCGACCGACCAGAUACUCUUCAAGAAGGUGUACCGGUACACCUUUGUCGCCGGACGGGAACGGGAUCAAAAGUCUUUGAGUCUCGAAACCGCAAUCAUCUACUGGGGCAUGCUCUUUUCUCCUCCGGGAAUGGCCUGGAAGACCAAGAACCAUGAUUGGUUAGAGUUGUGGCAGACGUUUCUUGGCGAGAAAUGGACAAGGUCUGUCAACAGGGACAUGUGGAACAUGAUACUCGAAUUCGCUCUCAAGACCGUAGCGGACGAAAGCCUUUCAUUCUGGAGUGAAGAUAGCGCAUGGCCAAGUGUUAUUGACGACUUUGUAGAGUGGUGCGGACAAAAGGGUAUUGGCAAGUCAGAGUCUAUGGACAUGGACCGUGAUGCCUAA